CCACCCCUUCCUCGGUUCCAAAAACCCUAGAGGGUGAUCGAAUCCACGAUCCUUUUGGUCGCCGGAUUCGUGGUUUCCUUCGCUGCUGUUGCUGAUCAUGGAUCUCCCUAGUCUUGCCCUUGUUCUCCAGGCUGCUCUUAGCCCUAACGUGGAGGAACGCAAGGCUGCUGAGGAUAGCCUCAAUCAGUGCCAGCACACUCCGCAACAUCUAGUGAGGUUGUUGCAGAUUAUAGUAGCAUCCAACUAUGAUAUUGCUGUCCGACAAGUGGCCAGCAUUCAUUUCAAGAACUUUGUAGCUAAGAAUUGGUCGCCUCAUGAACCUGGCGAGGCCCAGAAGAUAUCAGAUAGCGACAAGACUAUGGUCCGGGACAAUAUCCUUGGUUUUAUACUUCAGGUUCCCCCAUUGUUGAGAGCCCAGCUUGGGGAAUGUCUUAAAACAAUAAUUCAUGCUGAUUAUCCCGAACAAUGGCCAGGCCUUCUGCGCUGGAUAAGUAGUAACUUACAAUCACAGGAUCAGCAGGUCUUUGGUGCUUUAUAUGUAUUGAGGAUUCUCUCUAGAAAAUAUGAGUUCAAGUCUGAUGAAGAACGCACGCCAGUCUAUCUCAUUGUUGAUGAGACAUUUCCUCAUUUAUUGGGUAUAUUUAGCAAACUGGUCCAGGUGGUCAACCCGCCCAUUGAAGUUGCUGAUUUGAUCAAGCUUAUAUGCAAAAUAUUCUGGUCUUCUAUAUAUUUAGAGAUCCCAAAGCAACUUUUUGAUCCCAAUGUCUUCAAUGCCUGGAUGAUUCUUUUCUUGAAUGUUUUGGAGCGGCCUGUUCCUUUGGAAGGCCAACCAACUGAUCCAGAGAUAAGGAAAUCUUGGGGAUGGUGGAAAGUCAAGAAAUGGACAAUUCACAUCUUAAAUCGUUUGUACACCAGGUUUGGUGACACAAAGCUUCAAAAACCUGAGAAUAAAGCUUUUGCCCAAGCAUUUCAGAAAAAUUAUGCUGGAAAAAUUUUAGAAUGCCAUCUACGUUUGCUUAAUGCCAUACGAGUAGGUGAUUAUUUGCCGGAUAGAGUUACCAACCUUAUCCUUCAAUAUCUUAGCAGCAGUAUUUCGAAGAACAGCAUGUAUCAGUUGCUACAGACACAACUUGACAUUGUUCUCUUUGAGAUAAUUUUCCCGCUGAUGUGUUUUAAUGAUAAUGAUCAGAAGUUAUGGAAUGAAGACCCCCAUGAAUAUGUGAGAAAAGGAUAUGACAUAAUUGAAGAUUUAUAUAGUCCUAGGACUGCAGCCAUGGACUUUGUGAGUGAACUAGUGAGAAAGCGUGGAAAAGGAAAUCUGCAGAAGUUCAUUCAAUUCAUUGUGGAAAUCUUUAGAAGAUAUGAUGAAGCAUCUGCAGAGACAAAACCAUAUCGGCAGAAAGAUGGUGCUCUUCUUGCUAUUGGAGCUUUAUGUGACAAACUAAAGCAAACUGAACCAUACAAGUCAGAGCUAGAGCCCAUGUUAGUGCGACAUGUUCUCCCGGAAUUCACUAGUCACGUAGGACACCUCAGAGCAAAGGCUGCUUGGGUUGCGGGACAAUAUGCCCAUAUCAACUUUUCAGAUCAAAACAACUUUCGCAGAGCAUUUCAUUUUGUGGUCUCUGGUUUGCGUGAUCCAGAACUCCCUGUUCGUGUAGAUUCAGUCUUUGCUUUACGGUCCUUUGUUGAAGCUUGUAAAGAUCUUAAUGAAAUCCGUCCAAUUCUUCCACAAUUACUUGAUGAGUUUUUUAAACUCAUGAAUGAGGUGGAGAAUGAAGACCUUGUCUUCACUCUUGAGACUGUAGUGGACAAAUUUGGUGAGGAGAUGGCUCCGUAUGCUCUUGGGUUAUGCCAAAACCUGGCUGCUGCCUUUUGGAGGUGCUUGAAUACAUCUGAAGCAGAUGUUGAAUCUGAUGAUCCAGGCGCUAUGGCUGCAGUUGGUUGUUUGCGUGCUAUAAGCACUAUUCUUGAGUCUAUUAGCAGGCUACCUCAACUUUUUGUCCAAAUUGAACCUAUUCUGCUACCCAUAAUGCGAAAGAUGUUAACAACAGAUGGCCAAGAGGUUUUUGAGGAAGUUUUGGAAAUUGUCUCCUAUAUGACAUUUUUUGCGCCUACAAUUUCUUUGGAGAUGUGGAGUCUGUGGCCUUUGAUGAUUGAAGCGCUUGGAGAUUGGGCGAUAGAUUUCUUUGAAAAUAUUCUUGUGCCAUUAGACAACUACAUUUCAAGGGGUACCACACAUUUCCUUGCAUGUAGAGAUCCUGACUACCAGCAAAGCCUGUGGAACAUACUUUCCUCUAUUAUGGCAGACAAGAACAUGGAGGACAGAGACAUUGAACCUGCGCCAAAGCUUAUUGAAGUAGUAUUUCAAAACUGCAAAGGACAAGUAGAUCAGUGGGUUGAGCCAUAUCUGAGGAUAACAAUUGAUCGAUUGCGUCGGGCUGAGAAGUCGUACUUGAAAUGUCUCUUGAUACAAGUGGUUGCUGAUGCUCUUUAUUAUAACCCGUCUUUCACACUCAGUGUGUUACAUAAGCUUGGUGUUGCGUCAGAGGUUUUCAAUCUCUGGUUCCAGAUGUUGCAGCAGGUUAAAAAGAGUGGUGUUCAUGUAAACUUCAAAAGAGAACAUGAUAAAAAAGUUUGCUGCUUGGGGUUGACUUCACUUCUUGGCCUUCCUGCGGAUCAGUUACCAGAGGAAGCUUUUUCCCGAGUUUUUAAAGCGGCACUAGAGCUUCUUGUUGCUUACAAGGAUCAAGUUGCAGAGUCUAAGAAAGAAAGUGAACAGGAUGACAAUGAUAUGGAUGGACUUCAAAGUGAUGAUGAAGAUGAGGAUGAGGAUGAGGAUGAACAGGAAAUGGGAGUUGAUGCAGAAGAGGGUGAUGAAGCCGACAGUCUUAGGCUCCAAAAGUUAGCAGCUCAGGCGAAAGCCUUCCAACCAGAUGAUGAAGAUGACGACUCGGAUGAUGAUUACAGCGAUGAUGAAGAGUUGCAAUCCCCUAUUGAUGAAGUUGACCCUUUCAUAUAUUUUGUUGAAGCCAUCCAAGGUGUUCAAGCAUCCAACCCACCAAGAUUCCAGAACCUAAUGCAAUCCUUGGACUUCCACUAUCAGGCACUUGCCAGUGGCAUAGCUCAACAUGCUGAACAAAGGAGGGUGGAGAUAGAAAAAGAAAAAUUAGAGAAGGCAAAUGCUCAGUGAUUUUAUAUGGCACAGUUCAUUUAAAAUGCCCCUUGAUAUUCUUGUCGACCAUUUCCUGAGAGUGUGGUAAACAACUGAGUGGGGUCGCAGUCUGUAUCAGUCGGUUCAGUUGCAGAGUCCAAAGAAUGAAGGGUAUCCCACCCUUUUGUUUCUCCCAUAUGAGGAGUUUAUGGGAGAAACAUGAUUGCGGUUGCAGCUUGAGGAAUGCAUCUGCUUGUCACUGGUUGUACAGCCAGCAUCUGCUUGGCAGUGCAGUUAUCAAUUUUUGCUCGAGAGUGUCGGCCUUCAUCAUGAUGAUAGGGUUCUACACUUGCUGGUGUUGGUUGAUUUUAUUUUACUUUUUUCUUCACGUCUUUCCCUAUUUUUGUUUCGUCAGUAUGUCAGCAUAUCAAUUGGGGAUGAACCUCUCAUUCGGUCAUGUCCAGUCGGAGUAUAGUUUUUACUGGAAGCCCUUCUAUGGUCGGUAUGGGUUUUCAGUAGAGUGUAUAUGGUGAGGAAUUAUUGAAAAACAUGUGAAGGGUCUAUGUUUAUAUUUGUAAGAGUAAAAGAUCUGUUCCAUUGGUUAUUGAAUUCUAGGUUCACUACUGUACCCUUUUAGAGGGUUGUAUGUAAACCCGCACAUUCUUUGUCUCCCAAAGAGACAUCUUGGAUUUGUUA